ACGAAGCUGGUUCAAAAGAACUUGAUAAACUGAGACGUUUACACGAACAUGAGCUGCAAGAAGUGGAACGAAACUUGGCAAUGACAUUAUCUCAACAACUGCACUCGCUCUCUAACUUAAACGAACAAGAAAAGUUAGCAAUUGUGAAGGAAAAGAACGCAGAGAUUAAGAAACUUAAAGAAAACUCUUCUGAGCUGAACGAAAUCAUUACAAGUCUUGAAGAACAAAUAGUAAAUUAUCCUGAUCUUGUAGAAAAAUGCAAAUAUUUGGAAGAGCAACUGGACAUGGAGAAAAGAAACAUGAGGACAUACACAAUGAAAAUUUCAAAAUGCUAUUAAACCAAGAACAAGAAGAAGAACAAGACAAAGACAUUCCACAGGAAGAAAGAUGUAGAAAUUGUGGACUGUUUUUGUUAAGAGCAAAAGAGCUUGAAAGAGAACUAGCUGCUUUAAGAAAGUUAGAGGAAGAUAAUGUUCUGUUGGUAAGUAAAAAUGAAAAACUCGUCGAGCAAAUCGAAGACGAGAAACUCAAACUAGACAUGUUGACAAAUGGCAAUUUACCGGAUAGCGAAUCUAAGAUGAAGUUAGAAGAGUUUUAUAGCGAGAAGAGUCCGUCUAAAUUAAAAGAGAACUCAAAGAAAUAUUUGAAAAAACGUGUUUUUCAAUUAGAGAAUGAUUGCAAAGAUUUGUGGCGUAAGUUGCAAAACGAAGUAGUUAAAAAUAAGAAUAAAGAACAAGAAAUCAUCGAAAAAGAAGAGUUACUAACAGAAUUGCAAAAAACACGCGUAUCCACGACAAAAGAAAAAGAUUUCAGUUGUUUUAAUGAGUCGAGCAACACUUCUGUUAAGGACAGGAACAUUGAACGUAAACCAGAAUCAACGAACAUGGAAAAAGAUGACGAAAGUUGUGCUGUAAAAGAAAAGUUAAAUAAGGCAGAAAAAAGAAUACGUUUACUUCAGGACGAAAUUGAUCGUUUUCAUGAAAGUUACUCCAACAAUCUAAGGAAAGAGCUGGAAAACACAGAAAACAAGUGGACUCAAAGAUUAAGACAGGAAUGUGAUACUAUUCAAAGUGAAAUGUCAGAGGAAUUUCGGAAGCAGAAAGAAGAAUGGCAUGAAAAAGAAUCUGAACUUCACAGUCUUAUAGAAGAAUUACAGAUACAAAUAGAAGAGAUAGAAAUUGAACGGAAACAACUGGAAAAUGAAAUAAAGAUUUGGAAAACAAGUAAUGAACAUGAAAAAUUACCAAAUGAGGAAUCUGUGACAGCAAACUUUGAUAGAUCUUCGGAUAUAAUCAUUGAAAAUAACAACAUCUAUCGUACACCAGAAACGACGGAUCAAGAGUACAUCACCGAUAGAGACUUACGUCGUUUGGCGAACAAACUGAAGAAAGACCAAUGGUUUCGUCUAGCUAAGCUUCUUUCUAUUUCUGAUUGUGAAAUACAGGAAAUUGAUAAACUAAAAAUAGGAAAAGAUGAAAAAGCAUUUCGCGCGCUAAGCGAAUGGAGAACAUCAGCUGAGGAGAUUUCAGGAAAUCAAGUUUCACAAUUGACGUUUGCAUUGGAGGAAAUACAUCGUAAAGAUCUUGUUCAAUUUAUUUUAAAUCAUCGUGAUAUGUGUAAACUAAGAAGAAAAAGUAUAAGAAUUUGAUUUAUAUUGUCAAGUUUCAGAUUUGCAGGUAUGCAUGAGCAAGUGAUACAUAUAAGGAUACAUGCUUAAUGAUAACUAGUAUUUAAAGAUACUUUGUGUAUUUCUAUUUAUUAUGUGAGGUGAGUUAUAUUGCAUAAAAACAGACAAUCUAGCUAUAUAGAUAUGAUAAUUUUGGCUAAAUCGUACGUCGAUUUGUGAGAUAUUUAGUGUAAUCUUGUUGUUUAAAACCUCAUUUGGACCGCAAAGAUAUAGUACAAAAAAACUUCAUCGAAA